CUGACCACAUGGUGUAGUCCGGACACCUCUCAAACUGAAACUGUCCCGCCGAGGCCAGCAGCUCCUGACAGGGCUUGCUCACACGUAUCUGGAGUGCCAGCCCUGUCAGGCAAAGGUUACGAGUGUGACUCAGAGAGAGUCCAAACAGUUUGUAGUGAGGUAUUUGAGAACCGUCGCUCCCUCCUGAAGUCUGGAGACCGAUGACCCCGGCAGAGCAGGGACCAGCGUGGAGAGCUAUCCUCAGCUGAAGCUGUCGGUUCUCCUCCGAGUUGGGGAUAUCGAUCUGCGUCGAGUUGCUCAUAAGCUGGAGAGCCGCAGUGGCGAGUAUGCUGGCAAAGUAUUGCGGGGACCUCUGAGAGUCUAGGUCUGGUACCGAGCCAUAGGAGCUGUCAGUCAUGGACAGUUGUGACUCUGCUCCACUGCGAGGUCGCUCUGGGCCAGUCUCCACUAGACCGCAGGCUGCCACACAUCCAC